CUGUGCGCAUGGUGGCAGACGUGUAUCACCCAAAAGCGAUGAGCCACGAUGGACAUCAGCGGCACAUUGGAAAUAUUUUUAGCCACGAAGCUGAUCCUGGAGCAGUUGUUGACGGUGUUCAGUUGGUGCCAUAUAAGUGCAGCUAACAGCAGACAAGCUGUUUCAGGAGCGAUCCUUUCCAGCGUCCUAACGCAAAGCUGAAAAUGUAGGUAAAGGAGUGGAGAUGUAGAAAUUUGCGGUAUAGCCUUUCAAAUUACUUAAAACGUUACCAUUUUAUAUAAAAUUUGCGAUAGUUACUCCAUUCAGCCCUAAUCUGAGACCUAGCAAUAGCAUGACGAGCUAGCGCGUUCCUUUGCCUUCCGUCACUUCCUUUGUUAAAAUGGUAGUCGAGAAGGGACAAAUGAUACCCGAACACUGAACGCAUACAUAUUACUCGAAAACGCUGUGUCAUCUUUAGGAAAGUACUUAUGGAUUUACUUCAUAUCCUCGAUAUCGGAAGGACCAUGCGCUUUGCUAGUUGUUUUCGCUAAUAUCCAAGGUUGAAUCAAAUGCUUAUAAGCGCUUUCUAUUUUCUGUGCUGCGUUCGCGUUAACUAAGACUUUCCCCAUAUUCUUUCCCAUGUUUCUGCCAAAUGUGACACAAAUUGGGCCGUCCAUGCAUAUAUUUUGCAUUUAGCUGUUCUAUAUUCCAAUCCAUAACUAUAGACAGAAGAAUCCCAACCCACAAGUUAUUUGAGCUAUGAGCGUGACUUUUAUUGCAAGUCUGUGAUGAAAGCCCAAAUAUGAAUGAAUUCUAAAGAUGCAGCUAGAGAAAAGUUUAAAUAGAAAAAAAUCAUAUGAGCUACAGUUUGCGCUGAUGUGUUCGUCUUAUUCAACAAACUGGUAAAAACACGCACAAAAAAAGCUUGCAUGGGGAGUGCAUGCUCAGAGCUCAUGUCACACAAAGCCAAGCCCCUUAAAGGCUCAAAUAAUCUCAAAAUGUGUGUGACUUUCUGCAUAAUAGUACUUUACUAUCAGUCGAUUUGAUAAACAAAACGUAUUAAAGUCGAUGACAAUUACAAUCAAAAUGGCUGAGUGUCGAAUGCCGUUGACAAGAGAUUUUGGGACCAUCUCGGAACCGGACGAUAAAAGGGAAACAAAUUGCCAAUCUGAGACUAAACCAGCAGAGGAGCUCCACGUCAUUCCGAUCCACCUGCGCCCAGACCUGCUGCUUCCCUGCGCUGACCUAGUCAACUCUGAGUGGCAGAGAAGUCAGGCUGCCCGUGUUCACUCACUUCAGAAAUCCUGCCCUGAAUUCCCCACCUGCUUGGUUCUCGUACAUGGUCCCAGAGAUGCAGAGAGGACCCUUGGUCACGCCCGGCUCUCGAGAGUCGUAGGCCAUGGCAGUAGCCUUUUUGUGGAGUCUGUGGUCGUGUCCAAGGCGGAGAGAGGGAAAGGCUAUGGACGAAUGCUGAUGGAGAUGACAGAGCGCUAUGCCAAAAGACGAGGGUUCAAGCGUCUCUGCUUGACCACCCAUGAUAAACAGCAUUUUUAUGCCCAUCUUGGCUACACGCUAUCGACACCGGUGCAGAAUGCAGGUGCUGUGGCAUCUUUGGUUCCUAUGGAAAUGCUUCUCAAGCUCUCCAGGAUACCUAAUGGAGAUGUUAACAUACUAAAACACACACACAAAGUAGAAAAGGGAAGCCCAGUUCGGACUAAUGGACCUUGCUCUGUUCCUCCACCACCUCCAGCCUCCUUCAUACCUCCCCCUCCACCACCUCCAUCGAUCCCUCCCUUAGCUGAUGGAGCACCCAUGAUUCAGACUCUAACUGAAACUCCUUACAGAGACUCAAAGGGAGCAUCCAUUUUUUGGAUGCAUAAAAACCUCUGAAGGACACCUCUGGAGUAAAUGGUUCCAAGAAGAAAAUGAUAAUGAUGGAGGAAAGCAACAGAGAGAAAUGCUUAAACUGAAUAUGCUACAUCAUGUUUUAUUAACGAUCACGGAACAGUUGCCACAGUAGAUUGUUGUACCUAUAUCCUAUGAACUGACUGGCUGUCAUAGAUGGUGAUUAAUGUCCUACCCAUGUGAACUGAGAGGUUGCUGCCAUCCUCUCUCUGUUCAAAGUGAUUGCACGUCUAUCACAAUCAAUGGCCCGAACACAAUCACUCAGUGCCACACUCACAGUUCAAAUGGAUUGGACUUCCAUCGCUGCCAAUGGCUGCCAUUGAGUUAAAUGCACCUCAAAACAACUGAAAAUUAGUAUUCCAUACAAUGUAUUAACAGUAUUUUCAACCUUUGUUACCAACUCUGAGAUGCAUUUUAUAUACGUAUAUUUAUAUACACUUGUAUAUACGUAAUAUACUACAGUAUGGAGUGCCGGCAUGUACUGUAUGUCAACUAAAUACUUACAUUUCUAUUUGUAAUAGUUGCAGGUUUUUUUCUUGUUUUUCUCUUUUGCAGGAAAUCUAAGAUUUUGUGCUAACACUAUUUCAAAUAUAAAUCAUAAUUCCCUUUAGCUAGUGUCAUGCCCCAGCUUCAGAUAUAAAACCCUUCCAAAGCACAGUAGUGCCACUACCACGCAUCACAAUAGGUCAUAGGCAGAGUUUGACUUUAGUGGCAUCCCAGCUGUGUGUGUGUGAGCGCACGCGCUUUUCUGAGUUACCUCGUGGAGAAGUAGACGCCACAUCCUUUUUGACUGAAUAUUCCAACCAGACUCUGUCCUCAGGUGGUUUUGGCUAAGCAAAGCAAAUGGCAGUCUCUCAGGUACUAGUCACAUGAUGUGUUCAAAAAUAAUUUUGACCCAUUAUAAAAAAAAAAAUGUUUUUUGUUCAUUUCAUUCAUUUUUGUUGUUUGUUUUAUUGCUUUACAACUUUUAUAGACAACAUGUUACUGGCAAAGUCAAUUUGGCUCCCUCUUAAUCUCCCUGUAUGCCAUAGGUAUGUAAUGUUCUUUGUUUGGUGACGAGCGGCGUUGUUUUUUCGCCACACAAAACAUAGAUUUUGAAAUUAUGGCCUAAAACAUAGGUCUAGGAUUCAUGAAAGAAAUCUGAAUAUCCUAAACACAAGUAGGCAAACAUGUUGCUUUUUUAAUAUGUAUUAGCAAUGCACACGGUACUAUGCGUCGUGUUCCGAUCGGCAACUGCAUUCAAAAAUUCACAUCUGAAAGUACCCAUGAUUAUACAAAGCAAAGUACCUGCACAUUCAAAUGUGAUUCAAUAUGGGGGUUGAACUAAUCUGUGCAAGGCAUCAUCGACCUUUUUGAUCCUAUGGACUGCAUGGAAUAUGAAUGAAUACAAAUGAAUGAUAUUUAUUAAUGUGCACUUAUCAUUUUAGAAUGCUCACAACAAUUAACACAUAAAUAUGCAAAACUUUACUUUCAUCGAUGUCUAUGUUUUCAGUUUAUGAUGCAUUACCGGAACAACAUCUUUUUGUGUAGGUAAUACUACUACUAAUAGUACUGUACAUAACAAAGUACAGUACUGGUAAUCAAGUGGAGUUUUAUUUGUUUUAUUUGCUAGUUUGUAAAAGUUGUGACAAUUUGCAAAAAGAAUAAAAGACCAUAAACCAGUAAUAAACCUUGUUUACUCAUUUAUUAGCCAUUCCACUUCUCAUGAGCCUAUUCCAGAUCACCUCAAAGGCAGGAAAAUAACCAUUUAUGCUCAUUCACACCUACGGACAACCUACAAUCCAUGUUUGUCAUAUAAUUUGUUGGAGUAUAAAUUAGUCUUUCAGAUGGCGAUGCUGUUUCAACAAACUUUCAAAAUUUCUCAAACUGAAGCAGCAUAGUUGAUGAUAAAUGCAACGGGAGUAAACUAAAUCCACAUUUGGGGCGAAAGUUGCCCUAGGCACCACUACCCACCUCUACAGCAUCCACACUUGUUUACAGUAAAAAAAAAAAAAAAAAAAAAAUCGAAAUUGGCAUACAAAAAAAAGUUUUACCCUUUUCUUCGUAUCAGUACUAUUCAGCCUACAAUAAAUUCAAAUAGGGAAAAUAUUUUGAAUGUUUCCUGUGAAAUAUUUUCCUUGAGUAUAGUUAACCCCUUAUAGGGCACUCAUUGGCCGCCGUUUACGAUGCUAGACGUCCAAUCCAUUUUGACUAGGAGAGGCUAGCUGCACUGCCAACCUUCCCAGACAAAAUGGAUUGGUUUUCUUAUGCUGUCAAUGGCACUGAAACAUGCAGUUUCUGGUCUUGCACCCCUCUUUAAAAUAAACUGUAUUUUCAGCCAAAAGAAGUGUUGUGUUUGAUAGAACAAUAUGUCUAUAUGCUACCAAAGCAGAUUCAUGGCACAUUAAGCCCCCGAACAAUUUUUAAUUUGUCCAUUUUACCCUUGAGCCCCCUGUUUACAGAUGCCGCGCAACUGCUUUUGUUUCAACCAAGCCAUAAAAGGAAGGUAAUUAUAUUUAUUAUUCGAAAUGUCUAUUUUUAGCUUAGAAUAAUUUAUGUCUAAUAUUUAGUUAAAAAAAAAAAAAAAGACUUCAAAAUAUGCAAGUUAAUAAUUUUUUAAACUUAACAAAUUACGUCACAAUGGGGAAAAAAAAAGUGUAAGUCACGGAUAUCUACAGUACCUCAUAACUAUCGCUUGAUUGUAUAUUUUUUUGUCACUGUCGCAUUUCCCCCUAAUAUUUUAGAUGAUAAAUAAUCGAUCCAAACAAAGAAAAAUAAAAACAUUUAAAAGGGUGAAUAUAUGAAAAAGAAAAUCUCGACCACUCCCUGAUGUCUGCGAUUUCUGCGUUGCGACCCUUGUUAUAUUACCAUGUUUCGCCCAUAAAAUCCCCACAAAAAUCCGGCUGUGACCAUUCACAGCUGUGUUUUGACACUCGGUGAUACAUGCUACAUGGAGUUUUUGGAUCGAAAAGAGGUACGUACGUGUCAAAAUCAUGGCGUCUUUAAUUAUGCUGUCUCACGCUCUCACAUCCACUUAGGGUUUUGCUAUUUUUGAUUUUUAUUUUAAUGCCCUCCUGUUCAAAAUGUUUCUUCCCACAGAAAAUUGAGAUUUCAUGCUUUCCAAUGAUGUAUCACACAUGCAAACAGGACAAUUUGGAAAUUUUUGCCUGGCACAGCCAGACUGUUCUCCCUGUAUUUUUCAAACACUGAGAGAAAAGUCUGGGAACCAUCCCAUUAUCGGCCUCUCAAGCAGGUACAAA